CUUCCUUUCCCCCUGGGGCCCAUUUGCCCAGUCCUGCUCCAGCUUCAGGAGGAGUUGGACCGGCCUGGCCCCAACUUUGUGCCGUUAUUAAGUGAGCUGGUCUCCACUCCUGCCCAUGCGUGCUGCCAUGGGAAUGACCUUAUUUUUCCUCCUCUUUGGGGGCAUCUGGAUUCAAGAGGUGACUCCAGGGUCUCUGGACAUCGCAACCACUUUGGAGAUGUCUGUACCGGGAGGGUCCUCUGCUUCCUUGGUCUCAUCUUUCUCUGAGGCCCCAAACCUCAACUUAGUGGCCGCCAACCCUAUGACAACAAGGGUCCCAGAGAAGGGCAACAGCACCAGGCACCAGAUCUCCCCACCUUCCUCAGACCUCUAUACAGCCCGUGAAAUGUCCUUUCCUGAGGCUUCCGCUGCUGCCACCAGUGACCUCCAUGUACCUAAGUCAACAGUCUUCUGGGAAGUUUCCACCAAGGAGUCAUCAAACCUGGAAAUUAAUGCAAACAGUAAACCUGCUGAACUACCAAGAAACUCUCUGGCACUCCACGUUAUGACUGAUGGAACCAUGGCAACUGACUCUCUGGAGACCUCUGAUGUAGCCGCCGGUGGACCCCCCGUCGCCACGGCAACUGGCUCCCUGGAGACCUCUGAUGUAGCCGGUGGACCCCCCGUCGCCACGGCAACUGGCUCCCUGGAGACCUCUGAUGUAGCCGGUGGACCCCCCGUCGCCACGGCAACUGGCUCCCUGGAGACCUCUGAUGUAGCCGGUGGACCCCCCGUCACCACGGCAACUGGCUCCCUGGAGACCUCUGAUGUAGCCGGUGGACCCCCCGUCGCCACGGCAACUGGCUCCCUGGAGACCUCUGAUGUAGCCGGUGGACCCCCCGUCGCCACGGCAACUGGCUCCCUGGAGACCUCUGAUGUAGCCGGUGGACCCCCCGUCGCCACGGCAACUGGCUCCCUGGAGACCUCUGAUGUAGCCGGUGGACCCCCCGUCGCCACGGCAACUGGCUCCCUGGAGACCUCUGAUGUAGCCGGUGGACCCCCCGUCGCCACGGCAACUGGCUCCCUGGAGACCUCUGAUGUAGCCGGUGGACCCCCCGUCGCCACGGCAACUGGCUCUCUGCCGAUCCCCAAGGGGACCAGUGGCUCCCCCAUCUCCAUGGUAAAAAUACCCACCGUGACUACCUCAGCGUCCUCCAAAAACAGAAGCAGUACCCAACUUUCAGAUCAGGGGACAAAGAGCACCCUGCUGGUGGCUGUGCUUAUAGCCCUGCUGGUGGUCAUUGUCCUCGUGGUCCUACUCUUGCUGUGGCGGCAGAGGCAAAAAAGGAGGACGGGGGCCCUGACACUAAGCAGGGGGGGCAAGCGCAACGGGGUGGUCGAUGCCUGGGCUGGGCCGGCCCGGGUGCCUGACGAGGAGGCCCUGACAGCAACCGCAGGGGGCUCUGGGGCCGAGAAGGGCUCUGGGGGGCUUGAGAGGGAAGGGGCUGGCCAGCAGCCCACACUCACCACCUUCUUGGAUAAAGGCAAGUCCCAACAGUGCUCCUUGGAGCUGGAGGAGCUGAAGGCCAGGUCAGCUCCCCUCCUAAAGGGGGAGGAGGAGCCGCUGGUGGGCGGUAAGGAUGAGGCUUCGGAGGGGCCAGAAGCUGGGGAGGUGGAGGCCCCUCAGUGCUUGUGAAGAACGAGAGUGGAGGUCGGAAUCAUUCCCAGCUUCCAUCACCUUCCGUCUGGUCAUCAGCUCCAGGCUCCUUGUCUCCCAGCAUGUUCAUCCUGAACCCUCAUCCAGCUUCUCAAACCCAGGAUCUUCCCGCCGGCGCCCACCCCCGGUGCCCAGAGGGCCUACCCCCAUGGGACGCUUUCAGACUGAAUCAAUAACCCUUCCUCAUGAAUUCUGACUUCUCCCCACUGCCUUCUCCACGUUUUUGUCCUCCAGACCAGCUGCUGAGUCUCCACAAUGCCUACGAUUUCUCAGAGGACUCCCCAGGGACACCAGAGUCUAGGAAGCAGGAUGGAAGCAAACUCCCACCUUGGAUCACUCUGGAAAGUGCUUUUGGCCCCAUAGAUUAGGACAGUCCUACUGGGUCAGCCCAGGACCCUCCUUUAACUCCGUGCGGUGCCCUGCAGGGGGCCACCUGGAGUCACCCAGCUGUGCUCCCGGGUGUGCUGCUGACAGCACCUGGACUCUAGGCCGGCCCCUGGCCCGCACCCCCACCCUCCCCCCACCUGUGGACCGAGGCGGCCAGAGGCAGCAUCUACUUCUCCCAAAGGCAGAGGUGAGAGGAGUUUCCGGGCAGGUGUGGUUCUCAGAAACCCCAGCACCUGUGCGGGUCUGGGCAUGGGCACCGUUGGCGUGCACGAGGCAAGGCCUUGGCUCUGAGUGUGAAAUUGUGGUGGUGUGUACAGCUGGUGUGAGGAGGGGGCAGGAGGGGCGGCAGCGGAGUAGCCACCCUGAGGGACCGCUGAGAACAUUCGGGCCCUCAUCUUUGCUCAGGUGAGGUGGAGGUAGCAGAUUUACCUCUGUCUGUAGCCCAGUAAAGAAUGUGGGGCCUGAUAGAAAGACUGCCUGUGUGACCUGUGGUUCUUCGGCUCAGACGCUGUCAGCCCUGCUCGGAGCCUCCCCCACCCCUUCAUGCUCGCCCUCCAGGAAGGGGGAGAGGAGAGCUGAAAGCGGGGAGCUUGCUGUCACCCAUGUAAGGUGUUUGUAUCUCAUCUUCCCCAGGGAGGGGGUGAGCUGCUUCCCUUCUCCAAGGGGAAUCAGUGAGACUGACAGGCCCCCCAGAACCAGGAGCUUCCCCUGUGGCUUCGGGAUGGGAUGUGAUGGGGGGUAAGGGGUACAAGACCCCACCCCAGGCCAGAGCCCAGGGGCCCACGUGCCCCAGAGGCAGUUGGUACUUCCCCAGGACAAAGAGGAAAUUUGCAAAGAGGAAGUUUUUGAGUCAGAGGGCUCGGUGCCUGAGAGACAGGUUGACCUACAGUAAGACAGGUCCUUGGAAAGGGCGGGAGUAUGACUGCCCCGUUGCCCGACCUGGAGGGAAAGAUCUGGAAACCGCCUGGGUGCAUCUGUUCCCGCGUAGGGCAGGCAGGGGGGCGGGGGGGAGUCUGGAGGGGAGAGAAGGAACAGAAUGUGACCACGGGUCCACACAGCCACCAGGGUUUGUGCCACCUGUGCUUGGUCUGGGGACAGGCUGAGCUGGGACGGAAAUGCAGCCCUCACCAGCUAAGCCAGGCACCACCUGGGUUCUUACAGGGCGAUGUUUGGACGAACCUUAGCCCCAGCAGCAGGAGCGAGUCCCCAGAGUCCCCCAGACACACCACAACUGUUGUUUCAGAUUUGCUAAACAAAGCGCUCCAAUUUCAUUCAGGUUUAGAAAAUACUGUCACAAACUCAGAGGCCAUCGGCUCUACCCCCUUUCGAUGGACACAUGCCGUCACUUUUCUGAACUAUUACUGGUUUCUGGGUCCUGGGCGGAUCCUGAAGGAAGUGGGGCAGGCUAGGUAUGGCACCCAAUAGGGCUCUCACAUCCCAGAAAAUAACACAAUAUGUGAAAAGUGUUCAAAUAGAGGUACAGACAAAAUUUUAUGAGUGUACUGAAAGAAGGGAGUGACGCACUGCUCCUGGGGAAAGGAUAGGAGGCUCCACCCAAGGGCUGACUUAGCUCAGAGUCUGAUUGCCCGCUGUGCUCUGGGUGGCUAUCGUGCCAACAAAUGGUGGGUCCUCAGUAAAUAUUCAUUUGAGUGAAUGAAUGAUGCUAAAACUGUUCUCAAAACCUAUGCAAUGACUUUGAAAAAUGUCUAUAAUAUAAUGUUAACCUGGGAACAAAAGUUAUUUACUAAUCUGUAAAUAUGUAUGAAUCUAACUUUGUAAUGAAAAUGCAAAAACAUAGGGGUGCCUGGGUGGCUCAGUCUGUUGGACCGACUCUUGAUUUCAGCUCAGGUCCUGAUUUCAGGGUCAUGGGAUCAAACCCCAUGUCGGACGCCACAGUC